AGUUUUCCCAAAAAAGAUCAACAAUGGCCGAGAGAGCUGCUCGUUUUCUGUACUGUAUUUUGCGCCACAAAAAUCACUAAAUAAUAGAGUGAAAUCUAUGUGUACACACGAGUGCCUCAAAGAGUGUGUGUGUGUGUUUUUGUUUAUUAUUUCAAUUGAACAAACUGCGACAAUCCAGUCCAGUCGAAAAAGAGAGUCACCGUGAGAGCAUUCGAAUCGUUUCCACGCUCUCAUUCGCUUUUAUUCAUUCCAUGAUCGCGCAUCGUUCUCCGCUAGAAUUUAAUUAAAUCUAUAGCGUCGCGAAAAAUCGUUGUGGAAUUUAUGUAUUGUUUGUCCCCCAUUGUGUGCCCCCUCCAGCACCAACACCCUCUCGUCAUCGUCCGCGUCCCAAUGGAAAUGUCAACACACACACACACAACAGAGAGGCCCGGAAUGCUACACUGAUUCUGUUGACACUUCGGUGACCAGAGUUCCAGAAUUCCAGAGUUUUUCCAGCCAGCGUUUUCCCAAUGAGCAGGAGCAGUACCCACUGAGACUUCGGCCGGGCGAAACAUGGUCAAGUCCCUGGUGGCCAAGUUGUCCACAGCCUCCUCCAAUCUCUCGUUGGCCAGCACCUUUGGCGGCGGCAGCGGCGCGGCAGAGGAAACGAAUUACGCAAAACAUCGCAAUGAUCCGGGACGCUUUUUCGGCGAUGGCGUUCAGUUCAAGGCAAAGCUCAUCGGCAUUCUGGAGGUGGGCGAGGCCCGAGGUGAUCGGAUGUGCCAGGAGGCGCUGCAAGAUCUCAAAAUGGCCAUCCGGGCGGCUGGAGAGCACAAGCAGCGGAUAACCAUCCAUGUGACCAUCGAUGGUCUGCGGCUGAGGGAUGAGAAAACGGGUGACUCCCUGUACCAUCAUCCGGUGCAUAAGAUCUCCUUCAUCGCGCAGGAUAUGACUGACUCGAGGGCCUUUGGCUAUAUCUUCGGAUCGCCGGACAGUGGUCACCGGUUCUUCGGCAUCAAGACGGACAAGGCGGCCAGCCAGGUGGUGCUGGCCAUGCGCGAUCUCUUCCAGGUAGUUUUCGAGCUAAAGAAAAAGGAGAUUGAGAUGGCGCGCCAGCAGAUCCAGGGUAAGUCCCUGCACGACCAUUCCAGCCAGCUGGCCUCCCUGUCGUCGCUGAAGUCCUCCGGCCUGGGUGGCAUGGGUCUGGGCCACUCGGAUUUGGCCAGCGGAGGAAUCUCAUCCGGCCAUGCCCUCACCCUGCUGGGCAGUAGUCUUAGCACCACGAAUGGAACGAGCAGGCUGGGCGUGAGUCUUGACGUGGCCAAGGCAUCCGGAUCGGCGGCCAAAGAGGUCUCUCCGGAAUCCGUGGCCGAUCUUGUGGACUUGGAGCAGGAGCUUACCUCGCUUCAGCGGGGAAUCAGUCAGAUGGAACGGAUAACGCCAAACGAGCCGACCACCAGUAGCACUGGUGGUGCUGGCCAUCCAUCUCUAGCGAAAUCAGCCAGCGAGGACGAUCCUUUCGGAGACUCGUUUAUCUAUGUGCCCUCGUAUAGCAUACUGCCACCGCCACCUGAUUCCGGACGCAACAGGCACAAGCCGCCCAACAAAACACCUGAUGCGGUGACCAGUUUGGAUGCAAUGCUUUCGCCACCUCCUGGUACAAGUAGCUCCCACGGCUCAGCCUCCGCUGGACUACAGGCUGCAGAUAACGACGAUGACAACUGGCUGCAGGAACUGGACCAACAAAAUGAUGUCUUCGACACGUCCAAAGUGGUGAGCAGCAGUGGAUUGGGUUCGGUUUUGGCCAUGGCUCCGCUGGCCUCCAGCGAAUCCACGGCCACUCCCACCCAACAACUGACGGAGGUUGCUGCAGGAUCUGGACCUCUGGCUGAUCUGGAUAUUGGACUAAGUACGGCCUUGGGAAAUGAGGAACAGACCUCCACCAUUUUGUCAUUGGAUGCGUUCACGGAUUUGGAUCCGCUAGGCACAGGACGCACCAGGCCGUAUGUCGAUAAGAAAUACUUCUUCCAAGAGCUGAAGAAUCCGCCGAAGAAGCUGCUCAAGGAGCUCAGCUCCGGCAGCCAGGCGGGUCUCGGUCUGGGUCUCUCUCUGGGUCAGUUGGAUGGCCUCUUUCCGGAGGAUAGCACCACCAUCUCCACAACCACCACCACAGCUACUAACAUCACCGCAGGAAAUCCGCAACAGAACUCGGCUAACACACUAACAUCCACCGCUAGCACCGCCGCCAGUCUGGGACAGCUCCUGUCCACGGUUGCUCUCAAUCCCGAUCCGCUGCCCGCUCCCAUUUCCAUACCCACAUCUAUUUCCCAUUCGAUCACCCCGAGCGCUGAGCUGAAACUGUUGCUUGGCCAUGUCACUAAUCCACCUAAUCCCACCGGCCACUAUUAUACCACAGAACCGCCAACGCUGAACUCGCUGGAGAAUCCCCAUCCGCCGGCGGAUCCCGUACUUCUGCCCAGGGAUACGGAUCCGUUCUCGCCCACUCGGAAAAAGAGCGAUCCAGAUCCCUUCCAGGAAAGCGAUCUCUUUGCCAAACUGGAUGCUUUCGAGUUCGAGGCUCCGCCGGCGGUUCCAGCUCCCUCGAUUCCAAAUUUGGCCACGGAGACAAAAGCGAAUGUAUUCAAUGGACCACUUCAGGUGCAAUUGCCACCAGAGAAGGAGUUGCAGCUUCAGCAGCCUCCGAGUACGGUGAGGAACCGUCCCACAGCAUCUGUUUCCGCACUUCCAAGUGGCGGAGCCCUUGAUGUGAUCUCCAGUAUAAGCAACAAGAAGAUGCCGCACCUUUUUGGCCAGGCCAGAUCAUUUGGCAAAUCUGGUUCGGAUAUUGGUUCAAGUGUUAACAUGCGCCGCCUGCAGGAGAGCGAUUCGUUGAGUGAAACAGAGGCAGCUCCCGAGCCACCGCCGCGUCCAGACUCGACUCCGUACUCGGAACCUCCGCCCCUGCCACCCAAGAAGCAGUUCAGCGAUCUGGUCAUCCGACCUUCACCUGCAAAUACCACUCAACCGCCAACUAGCGGAAGGUAUGAGUAUUUGAACAGUAAUGUCACGGCAAGAAGGACUGCCUCCUCCGUUGACGCACCACCCAUUCCAUUGCCAUCGCGCCGUGUUGGUCGCUCUGAUGGCUGCUUUCCGGGUCCGGGAAGGCCAAGAAAACCUGGACACACCGAGGAUGAUUAUCUAGCUCCGUUGGGAGCUCCACCGCCAUUGCUGCCGCCACCCAGCCAAGGAUCCUCGGCUCGCGCGAGACCUCAACGGCAGGCUUCGCUAGGCAGGCCGCAGGAUAUCUACGAAAACAAGGCGGAGAUUCUGCAGGCUCAAGCACAGGCGCAGGCCCAGGCCCCGGAAGUAGCGCCCUCUAGCAAUACCUUGGCUCCCGAUAUCACCCUAACUCAAUUGCUCACCCUGGGAAUGGAUGAUUUGGCUAUCAAACUGAACGUUCCCGCCAGCAAACUGAGCACCAUGACUCUGGUCCAGUUGACAGCCUAUCUCUCCGAGUAUUUGUCCAGUGAAAAAAGCCAAGUUCACAGUCAAGAGAGGAGAUCUUCGCCAGCAAACACAGCUCCUGCACCAGCUUCCACGGCAGCUGUGUUUAAGGUUAAUUUUGAUCAGCAGACCUCCUUUGUGGCCAAGUUCGACGACACUUUUGGCGAAGACGAACCAGUGAUGCCUUCGGGUUCUUCGGACUCCACCUUUGUGGCUAACUUCGCCAACUUUAACGAUGCACCAACUCCGGUGCCGACAGUAUCGCCAGUUGUUGCGACAGUGCCCUCAGCAGAUCGGUAUGCCGUAUUUCGCGAGAUCAUCGAUCAGGAGCUUCAGCAGCAACAGCAGGAAACGGAUCUUAUGGGCGAUUUGACACCACCGCCAGUGGAUGAGACCCAGGCCAAGGAAAUUUCAGAGGGCUUGGAGGUGAACAAUGUGGGUGCGGAGCUACCAAUUGAUGCCUUAGAUGUCAAACCUGCGCCGAAGAUUGACACAAAAAUCACCGAAGUUGUCGCCCAGGCCAAAGAUCGUUACGCAGCUCUGCGGGACAUAAUCCUAGUGGAGAAUCUCUUUGAUAAACCAGCAAUAGCAACCGACACUCAGCCUGAGAAGGAAAAGGAUCUGUUGCAAGACUUUCCUGAGUUCAGUGAUGAGUUCAACGAGGAUCAUGACCUUCGCCAAAUUAUGGAUCAUCAGAAUGUUCAGACUCAUGCCCGCGAUCGUCAUGGCUUGGUCGACAGCAGGGGCUUUCCAACAGAGCCUUCGUCUUCCGCUCUGACCGUGGGCGAUUAUGAUGAGGACGAGGAUGCUGAUGCGGGUGGUGAGAGCAGUCUAGAUAGCAAUGAAAAGGACGCAGAGCCUGUCAGCGGUCAGGAUCAGUAUGAAAAGCUAUCCACGUCGACGCAACAACUAGAUGCAGCUGCUCCGGCUCUAGAGGAUGUGCAGCAGCUGCAGCAGCAAUCCCUGCCUCCAAAGCAGGAUCAAAAAUUCCUCUCCAUCCUAACGGCUCCCGGUGGUGGAACGAAAGAUGACAUCGAGAUCGACGAGCUCAUGCAUCGUGCAAUUUCGAAUCUCUCCCUGGACUCAAGGGAUCGAGUUUCGCCCGCCACCUCCUCGGCAGCUCCAUCACGUGGGGCUCCCGGCUUGCACACGCCCUCGCAAUUCAAUGAUGUCAGCACGUCGCCGAUUCCCCUCCAGAAACCAGGCAUGGGCCCAUCGCCUGUGCCGUCGCAGCUUUCGGCCGUGUCCCAACUCAUCGAUACCGCAACCAAACAAAUGAUGGGCGACAAGGAUCGGGAAAAGCAAUCCUGGGCUACAUUCGAUUCCCCGAAGGCAAAAGGCAAGGCUAGGCUAACGCUUCCGCCGCCACCACCUCCUGCAUCCAACACUUCGCAACCGGAUACGGUAGAAUCGCCUUGCAGUUCGGAUCCCCGGGAUGACGGCUGGUCAAAGCAACAGCGUCGUUGGGCGAAGAAGGAGCGCCAGCAGACAUCCUCAUCAUCCCGAGACCUAAGUCCCUGGGACGAUGAAACGCCGGAGUAUCUGAAGCGGCGACAGUUGGCCGCCGCUCAAAUGGCUCAUCCCCAUCAGCCCCCUAUGCAAGCUCCACCUCAGCAUACGGAUCGGCAUGGAUACUACAUGCGACACGCCAGGCGAAUGAACUCUUGCGACGAGGACUACGACUACGAUGGGGAAUUCGUUGCACGCCGAGAUCAGCCACAACAUCAACAGCAGCAGCGAAAGUUCAAGCACGGACUUUCUCGCAGCAGGGAUAACUUUGAAUUGGAAUCCCCCAGCUGGUAUCAUCACCCGGCGCACCACACAUGGUCGCCUCAGGAGAUUGAGCAGGUGCGCGUACGAUCUUUCGAUCGUACUGCUUACGAGCGAUCCAGCUAUGGCCCACCGCCACCCAUCUACGACAAACGUGGACAACUGAGAGGCAAAUAUCGCGGAGAUCACAGGGAUAGGGAACGAGAGCGUGAUCGCGACCGAGAGUAUCGGGAUUAUGCUCGUCCAAGCUACGAUUUCGACUACGAAAACGUCUACGAGGAGCGUGGAGGUCGUUCACCGUUGGCCUACAAGCCAGGAAGAGGUGGUGGUGAUUAUCUGUAUGACAGAGAAAGGGACAGGGAUCGGGAGCGCGAUCGAAAAUCCUUCGAUCGGGAAAGUCUCGAGUCCUAUGAGAGCGCCACCCGUCGUCGUCGCAGUUUUGGUAGUGGAAACGAUGUUUAUGGCAGCCUAGAUAGUCGCGAUGAUUACCGUGGCGAUAGGGAAAGGGAUCGUGAACGUGAUCGCGAGCAGAUGAAGACCCGUUCAUUACGAAAGCCAACAACUACGUCUGGAAAGCUCCGGAUAAGUGGCGACAUUGAUUACGAGCAGGACUCGGAGCAGGACUUCCAGCAGCGAUCUGGAGUACGAAGCCUGCAGCGUCCCAAUCAGCUAGGCGGUGAUGUGGUGCUGCCCUCCAAUGCGGUAGUGGGUCCACAGCGAUUGCGCAAAAGCAGCGGCUCCAGUCCCUGGGACGGAGAGGAACCGGCCUUGCCUGGUCAGAAAUCUUGGAAGCGUCCAGCCAGCGCUGCUGAAACCGAAAGGCGACUGGCUGAGAGUCGCAGAGCGGUAGCUUUGGGUCAAACUCCCUCCGAUGGAGAAAAAGAACGAAGAUUCCGCAAGAAAACCCGAGCCCGCAGUGCCAAAGAUUUAGCCACCGUCGGUGCUCCCAGCGCUAGUACUUCUGCCCCGUCCAGAUCGAGCUAUGGGCGUGGCAUCAGGGAUAACUAUGACUAUAUAUGUCCAGGCCAGCGUAACGAUGACGACGACGAUGAUGAUGAGGACUACGUGGAUGAUGAACCGCCAACGGAUGAGGAUAAGUUCGAGAGGUUGAACCGCCGGCGACAUGAGAUGCACCAGCGGAUGCUGGAGUCCGAACGUCGGCAAAUGGAACGCCAUCAGCCGCCAUCGCUGGCGAAGCUUCCGGGCCAGAAUCGUACACGAGGCGUCGUGGCUAACAGUGACUAUGGUUUUGUGGACAGUUACGAGCAGACUCCAACUCCCACGCCACGUUCGAAUGCCAGUAGCACUGGACCGGGUGGCCUGAUGAUGAGUGGCGGGGAGUCCUCCGCUGGAGUUACAAGUUCCAAGUUCAAUUUUGACGAUGGAUUUGAGUCAGAUUUUAAUCAGAGCUCUCCGCCGCCGGCGCCAGCAGGUACCGCCUCCAGUUGCAAUUCCACGCCGGCGGGUCCAGUUUCGGCAAAUGCGAACAACGGCGGAUCGAAGAGCCUGUUCCGCUUCUCCAAUGAUUUUUCGGAUCGCGAGAAACGGGAGCAGUUUGAGAUGGAUACACCGCCAACCUCAACACCACCAAUUACGCAAAAACUGCGAUUUGACGAUAAUGUUAAGGUCUCCCAAUUCGAUGAUGCUGCCUUUGAGGAUGACUUCGCCAAGGCAUCAUUCGAUUUUGAAAAGGAACAAGCGGGUUCUGCCACAGCAGGUGCCGGAGGAUCUGGUGCUAUGAGCAGGAAGCAAAAUAUGCGAACCAGCAAGCUGCAGCAGCGCCAGGAGCUCAUCAAGAAAUCCGAGUCGGUAAACAUAUUUGCCAAAAAGCAGGAGGAUCCCUUCGAGGAUGACGAGUUCUUUAAAUCACCAGACCAGGAACAGGCCAUGGAUCAGCACAAUGAUGACACUGAGGGCGGCAAAUUUCAGUGGAGCGAGGACGCGAACUUUGCAAAGUUCGAUGAAAACAUGUGAUUUGACCAACUGUUUGCCAAGGCAUCGGGGCAGCGACCGGAUCCGGACAUCGAUAACCACAACUAUGCGGAGAUCGAUGUGGUCAACGACACGGACUUUUCAUUUCUGGCCAAUCUCAAUCACUACUAUCAGCAGCAGCGACUGCACAGCCUGCGACAGAGCUUGAAUCGCCAUGUUUACUGCAACUUGCCAGUCCAGCAGUUGCAGGAGCAAGUGAAUCAGCCGAUGAAGAAAUCCAUCGCCACAUCUACAAGUCCCUGGCAUGAGCCAAAGGUCAAGUCGAAGCCGCUGCAGCAGCUGCUGAGGAAGCCGAAAAAGUGGAAACUCAAGCGCACCCUAGAUGACUUUCUAAAGUGUCUGAUUAUUGCGUCCUCGGAGCAUGUGUACGAUUAUGAUGUGCUGUGGUAGGAUUGGCGGAUUGGGAAGAUGAGGAGCAGUCUUAGAGAAGAGAGAGAAAUAAAGAAACCAUACGAUAUUUAAUUCGCCACAUAUAUCUAGUCAACUCAAUCGCCAUUUAAACUUGCAAUAUCGUAACACUCCAACGAGGACUGUAGAGUUCCCUCUUACUCCCAGUUCUGCCCAAGCCAAAACAUCACACAGCUCUGAUCCUAUUCCAAAGCCAGAUUGUAUAUAUAGAUUUAUCCAGCAGUCGAUUCCAAGCAAGCCAUAGAGAAAACUUAAACGAGAACAAGUGUUUGUUAAAGCUACUCCCCACUCGUCAAAUAACGAAAUACUCACGCCCCCGCCCCGAAUCAUCAAUCGAUCCGCAAAUCGAAAGCAACUAAUUAAUUGCCUAUGCUAGAUGUCGUCUAUUCCAUAUAUAUCGAAUUAUCCAAAGUGCAACCAUUGUGCUAGCAUACAAUACCACAUAUAUUCCUAGGGUACGUUUAUGUUUUUGCAUACUACAAGCAUAAUUUGUAUGAUUGUUUGAUUACAUAGUUAACUAACGACUAAUUAGUUUAAUUCCACGGCAAUGUGUUUUUAUGAUUUGACUAUAUAUUAUACAUAACUAUAUAUUUAUACGUAACUGAACAAGCAACUGAAACUGAACGAUCAAGUAACUCCCAAACAGCUAAAUAAUAUACGAUAAUUAUACAUACGAACCUAUUCUUAUACAUAUAUAUGUAAUGCAAUUAUACGAAUACGAUAGUUAUUGUCAAGUCCCUUUGUGUAGGGGAUGUAAAAAUUGGUUUUUGUCCCGUCAUUUUGUUCUAUUAAUUAAACUGUGAGAAGC